AUGACGUCAAAAUCCCCCGUGACGUCACUCGAGGCCCCCCUCGGACCUGCCCUGGCGGCCCCGGCCCCGCGCGCCGCCGCCCGCUCGCUUCCGGCCCGCCGCCCGCCGGAACUGACGUCACGCCGACAUGGCGGCGCCCACCCGCGGGAGCCGCUCUGGCCGCGCGGGAGGACCCCGCCGUUCCUCGGUGGUUCGCCCGCGGAGCGGGGCUCGCGGCCGGCCGGGGCGGCGCGGAGGCACCGGAGGAGCCUCCCCGGGUGGGAGGAGCUGUCGGGGCUGGACCCCGAGCUGGGGGCUCCCGUGAGGACGUUCGAGGUUUGCUCGGGCCGGGGUCCCCCCGGGCCCCCCCAGAACAGCUGGCUCCGAUCGCGCUGGGUGCCCCGGGGGGAGGCCACCACCGUCCUGGCAGAGCUGCGCUUCACCCUCGUGGCCUGUGACAGCCUGCCCAGGCGCCCUGGGGACUACGGUAACCAUGGCAACGGCAACAACAACGGCCUCGACAACCACGGUCUCCAUAGCAACGGCCCUGACAACUGCGGUUUCCAUAGCAACAGCCACAACAAUCGUGGUUACCACAGCAACGGCCUCGACAGCCACGGUCUCCAUAGCAACGACCCCUACAGCCACAAUCUCCAUAGCAACGACCCCUACGACCACAGUUUCCAUGGCAACGACCCUGAAGAUGACCCCGGUGACCCCGAUCUCCACGGCAAUGGCCCCUACAGCCACAAUCUCCAUGGCAACGGCCCCUACAAACACAAUCUCCAUAGCAACGACCCCUACGACCACGAUCUCCAUGGCAACGACCCUGAAGAUGACCCCGGUGACCCCAAUCUCCAUGGCAACAACCCCUACAACCACGAUCUCCAUAGCAACGACCCCUACAGCCACGGUUUCCAUGGCAACAGCCCCGAUGACCCCCCCGGCCCGGCAGCCCCCGUCUCCCUCAUCUCCCCCGUCCCAUCUCCCCGUCCCUGCAAGGAGACGUUCACGGUGCUGUACCACGAGUCGGACACCGACACGGCCACGCCGUCGGCGCCGCCCUGGCUGGAGAACCCCUGGCUCAAGGUGGACACGGUGGCCGCCGAGCACCUGGCCCGGCCCGGGGGGAGCCCCGGGGGGAGCCCCAGGGGGGGUCCCGGGGGCCGCAUCAACCGCAAGACGCUGCGCCUGGGCCCCCUGACGCGGGGGGGCUUCUACGUGGCCUUCCAGGACGUGGGGGCCUGCAUGGCCCUGCUCUCCGUGCGCCUCUUCUUCCGCCGCUGCCCCGCGGCCGCCGCCCGCCUGGCGCGCUUCCCGCCCACCGUGCCCGCCGGCCUCGUGGCGCCCGUGCCCGGCUCCUGCCUGCCGGGGGCCGUGCCCGCCGCCCGCGGAGGGCCCCUCAUGUACUGCCGCCAGGACGGGCGCUGGGAGCUGCCCCCCGCCCUGGGCUGCGUGUGCGCCCCGGGGAGGGAGCCCGCGGGGGAUGAGGGGUGUCAGCCCCCCUCCGCCCCCCGCGCCCUGGCCGCGCACUCGAACGGCUCCGGGGGUGGUCGUGCUGUCCUGGAGCCCCCCGGGCGGGGAGCGGCCGACCUGCGGUACCACGUGACCUGCCGGGCCUGCCCCUCCCCACCCCCCCGCCCUCCCCCGUGCGGCCCCUGCGCCCACGUGACCUUCGAGCCCCCCCCCGAGGGGCUGCGCGACCCCCGCGUGCGGCUCGGGGGCUCCGGCCCCGCCUCCGUGCCCCCCGGUGUCGGACGUGGUUCGGGUCGGGGGUCCCCGGGGGUCACCUUGGCCUGGCUCCAGCCCUCUGGGACCUCCGGGACCCCCAUCCUGGACUACGAGGUCAAGUACUACGAGAAGGUUCCGCAGGCGCGGGCGGAGCUGGGGGGGCUGCGCCGGGGGGGCCUCUACGGGGUGAGGGUCCGAGCCCGGAACAGGGAGGGCUACGGAGACUUCGGGCCAGAGACCACCAUCAGUGCCCCUGGAGCGGUCCUCGUGUCCCCUCAGGCGGCUCCGGGGAAGAAGCAGCAAAACAGCCCCAAAAACGGGGGGAAGCUCUACAUCGACCCCCUGACCUACGAGGAGCCCGAGCUGGCCCUGAGGGACUUCGCGCAGGAGAUCGACGUCACCUGGGUCACCAUCGACGAGGUCAUCGGGGCAGGUGAAUUCGGGGAGGUGUGGCGGGGCCGGCUGGCGGUGCCGGGGCAGCCCGAGCUGGAGGUGGCGGUGAAGACGCUCAAGGGGGGCGCGGGGCCGGGGCAGCGCCGCGAGUUCCUGCGCGAGGCGGCGCGGAUGGGGCAGUUCCGCCACCCCAACGUGCUGCGCCUGCGCGGGGUCGUCACCGCCGGGCCCCCCCCCAUGAUCCUCACCGAGUUCCUGCUCCACGGGGCCCUCGACGCCUUCCUCAGGGGCCGGGAGGGGACGCUGUCCCCGCUCCAGCUGGUGGCCAUGCUGCGGGGCAUCGCGGCCGGGAUGCGUUACCUGUCGGAGGCCGGGUUCGUGCACCGGGACCUGGCGGCGCGGAACAUCCUGGUGGACGCUCACCUGGUCUGCAAAGUGUCCGACUUCGGCCUCUCCCGCGCCCUGGAGGGGGACGGGGCCAACGACCCCACCUACACCAGCUCCCUGGGGGGGAAGAUCCCGAUCCGCUGGACGGCCCCCGAGGCCAUCGCCUCCUGCAGCCUCCACCUGGCGGAUUUGGGGCUCCCUGGGGGUUUGGGGUCCUGGGGAUUUGGGGUCCUACUCCCCCAGUUCACGUGGGAGGUGCUGAGCUUCGGGGAGAGGCCCUACUGGGACAUGUCCAACCAGGACGUGAUCAAUGCCAUCGAGCAGGAUUACCGCCUGCCGCCGCCGCCGCUCUGCCCGCCCCCCCUGCACCGCCUGAUGCUGCAGUGCUGGCAGCGCGAGCGCCGCGCCCGCCCCACCUUCCCCCGCAUCGUCCACGCCCUCGACCGCCUCAUCCGCCACCCCCACACCCUCAGGGUCACCCCCACGGACCCCCACAGGGACCUGCUGAGCGCGGGGGUGGCGCCGACCGGGCACCAGCAGCGGGUCCUGGAGGGUGCCUGGAGCCUGCAGAGCCCCCCCAAAGGGGACCCCCAGUGCUGACCCCCCCUCCCAGCCCCCAGCCCAGCCUGGGGCAAGAUGGCGCCGCCAGGAGCGGCACUGACGGACUGAGCUGGCUUGGGAGGCAAAAUGGCGGCCGGGACAACAUGGCCGCUCUUCCAACAUGGCCGCUGUUCCAACAUGGCCGCUGUUCCAACAUGGCUGCCAAAAUAUGGCUGCUGUUCCAAUAUGGCUGCCAAGACAACAUGGCCGCUGUUCCAAUAUGGCUGCCAGGACAACAUGGCCACUGUUCCAGUAUGCUUUCAAAUGCCCACCUUUCCAACACGGCCCCCAUUCCAAGAUGGCCACUGAUCCACCAGGGCUGCUGGCCCAGCACAGCUGCAGUUCUGAGUCAGCUGCCAGGCCAAGAUGGGCCCCGGGCCAAAAUGGACACCAGGCCAAGAUGGCCACCAAGCCAAGAUGGCCGCCCACACAACAAGGCUGCCAUUACAAUAUGGCCCCUGAUCCAAGAUGGCCCCCGAUCCAAGAUGGCUGCCACCCCAAGCCCAGGCAUUGCCCUAUGACGUCAUCACAGCCCGGUGUGAUGACAUCACUGGCCCCGCUCAUCCAAUCGAUGACGUCACCGGGGGAACAAGGGCGUGGCCGGGGAGGUGGUGAUGUCACCCACCCCGAUGACGUCACAGCCGGCGGAGCAGCACCUGAGAGGGCGUGGUCAAUGUGGGCGUGGCCAGGGUGGGCAGGGCCCCCUCCCCCCCCAAAUGUUUCCAGGAAUUAAUUCACUAAUUAAUUAAUUAA